AUGAGUUCAGGGUUGGGGGAGAGGGGGUGUAAGUAUAGGUUUGCUAAGGGUUCUUCUAGGUUGAGAGUUGAGUCCUGGAACAUAGGAACGCUUCAAGAGGUGGUGAAGAUUCUUAGAAAGAGGAGAGUUAGUAUAGCAUGUGUCCAUGAAACUAAAUGGAAAGGUACUAAGGAGAGAGAUUCGGAUGGAUAUAAGUUGUGGUACACGGGUAGCAUGAGACAUAGAAAUGGGGUAGGUAUCUUAGUAGAUAAGGAUCUUAGGGAGCAAGUGGUGGAGGUUAAGAGAGUUAGUGAAAGGUUGAUAUCUAUUAAGUUGGUCAGUGGAGGGUCUUCGGUGAACAUUAUUAGUGCCUAUGCUCCGCAAGUAGGUUUGGACAAGGAGGAAAAAAAGAGCUUUUGGGAGGUUUUGGAUGAGGUGGUGAGGGCCGUCCCGAGAACUGAGAAGCUUUUUCGUGAGAGAAGAUUUCAAUGGGCAUAUUGGGGCUUUGGGGGGAUUGAUAGUGAAUUCGAGUAUUCUAAAGAAGGGGGAGCACCUUAUUACUUUUCGAAGCUCAGUGACUAA